GUCUGGAGGAAGCCCAGCGGCUCCGAGUGAUUUCUGCGGCACCUGGUCCCAAUAUGGCGGAGGCUGGCCCCAAUAUGGCGGACGACGCUGGCGCGGCUGAGUCCCAGCAGGAAGAACUGUAUCCGUCUAGCAUCCUGGAGAGACUGCUUCGGUCACCACUUCCGCCACCGCAGAUUCGCAUCCGGCCCUGGUGGUUUCCGGUGCAGGAACUGAGGAACCCUUUGGUGUUCUACCUGGAGGCAUGGCUGGCAGACGCGAUUUUUGGCCCAGACCGAGCCAGAAUUCCAGAAAUGGAGUGGAUGAGCCAGGCCCUGCUGACGGUGAACAUAGUGGACUCUGGGAACUUAGUUGAAAUCACUGUCUUUGGACGGCCCAGUGUCCAGUGCCGCAUGAAGAGCCUGCUCCUAGGCCUGGCGUGUUUUCAUCGAGAAAAUCGUGCCCGAGCUGAGAAGAUGAAGCACCUUGAGGAGAUCUUGAAGGCCCGUGCAUCAGGUUCCCACACUCCCCAGCGUCCUAAUGCUUAAGGCAACAUACUUGUCAGGGGCAUUAUGACAACAGUCCUGUUUCUACUAAAGAUGAAGAGAAGCAAGUACAGUAUUUCUAUCUCUGCAUUCCUUUUUCCUGUGUCUUGAUGGAUACUGGUUUAUUUUGUUGCAAAAACGAAUUUGUAAAAAAGAAAUGGAUUUCUGUUUCGUCCAAUGGCAAAGAAAUUUGCUCACUU